AUGCCACCAAAGAAGAAAGGAAAUCAACCAUCUGAUAAAGCAAAAGCUAAAUCUAAGGCCAAAUCAGCUGAAGAUAAAACUUUUGGUUUAAAAAAUAAGAAUAAAUCUAAGAAAGUUCAACAACAUAUUAAUCAAAUUAAAGCUAGUGUAGAUGGUGGAUUAGCUAAAAAGAAAGAAGCAGAAGCUAAAAGAAAAGCAGAAGAAAAGAAAGCUCAAGAAGAAGCUAAAAGAGAAGCAGCAGCUUUAUUUGGUAUUCAACAACAAAAAGUUCCAUUUGGAGUUGAUCCAAAAUCUAUUCUUUGUGAAUUUUUCAAGAAUGGUGUUUGUACUAAAGGAAACAAAUGUAAAUUUAGUCAUGAUCCAAAUGUUGGUAGAAAAGUUGCUAAAAAGGAUUUAUAUACUGAUAGUAGAGAAGAAGAAAAAGAAAAUGAUACUAUGGAUAAUUGGGAUGAAGAAAAAUUAAGAAAAGUUAUUUUAUCCAAACAUGGUAAUCCAAAAACUACAACUGAUAUAGUUUGUAAAUAUUUCAUUGAUGCUGUUGAAAAUGGGAAAUAUGGUUGGUUUUGGGUUUGUCCAAAUGGAGGUAAUGAAUGUAAAUAUAGACAUUCUUUACCACCUGGUUUUGUUUUGAAAACUAAAGAACAAAAGAAAUUAGAAAGACUAGCGGCUGAAAAUGAACCAAAGAUUACAUUGGAAGAAUUCCUUGAAUUGGAAAGAAGUAAAUUAGAUAAGAGUAAAUUUACUCCAAUUACUGUUGAAAGUUUUGCCAAAUGGAAAAAAGAACAAAUUGACAAGAAAGCAAACCAAAAGAAGGAAAAUGAAAAGAGUGGUAAAAGAAUUCUUACUGGUAGAGAAGUCAUUUUGGAAAAAUUCUCUGAUAAAUAUUACACUGAAGAAGAUGAUGGUGAAACUUGGGAUUUGUCUCAAUUCAAGAAAGAUUUACCAGAAACUUCUGAUGAAGUUAUUAAAGAUUAUGGUGAUGGUUCAAAUGCUCAAGAAUUCUAUCAACAAGAUGAUGAGAAGACAAGUCUAGAUGCCAAUAAAUCCGAAGUUACAGCUUAA